AUGCGCAAUUCAGACUCACGAAGUCGCUCACCCCGGCAAGACCGCCGGACCUCUCCUGCUCGUUACCGGUAUGAUCGCCGUACCUCCCCUGCUCGCCACCCUUACGAGCGCCGUACCUCUCCUCCUCGCUACCGUUAUGAUCGAGACAGGGACGAUAGUAAUCCAAAAUACGCACAACCCAAUGGUCGCCCAGGUGGCUUCAGUUCGCGGGGAAGGGCACCUUUUGAAGAUUCUGGAAGACGUCCUACCGGUCGUGAAAUGGCUGCCCUCGAAGCCAGCAAAAGGAGUAUCAAAGAGAAUCGGGUUUACGUCGGCAACUUGGCUUUCUCGGUUAAAUGGAAUGAUCUCAAGGAUUUCAUGCGUGAGGUUGGGAACGUGGUCUUUGCGGAGGUUAUGGUUCUCCCAAACGGAAUGAGUAAAGGUUGCGGAGUGGUCGAAUUUAGCUCACGUCAAGAUGCAGAACGAGCCGUGAAGGAGUUGAAUGAUACCCCCCUUUUCGGCCGACAGGUUUUUGUCCGAGAGGAUCGGGAAGAAGAAGCACGGUAUGGUUCGUUGGCUGUUUCUGGGGCUGGGGGUCGUGGACCAUUGCCCAGUGGAUUUGGAAACCGUGGGAGCGUAGGACGUGAAUUUUCAGGGGGACGCAGCAGUUUUUCUGAAGGCGGCCAGUCUUGCAAGCAACUUGCCAUCUCAGGGCUACCCCUCAACGUCGGAUGGCAAGACCUCAAAGACAUGUUUCGUUCAGCCGGUAGCAUCAUCAGAGCCGAUGUUUAUUUUGAUGCUGAUGGAUCACCAACUGGGAAUGGAACGGUGAUUUUCGAGACAUCCAGAGAUGCUCAGAAUGCGAUUUCCAUGUUCAACGGUUUUGAAUAUGAAGGACGCACGAUGGAAGUCCGUGAAGAUCGCAACGCGAGCGGAAAUUCAGGAUUCAGAGGUGGUUUCCGAGGUAGUAUCAGAGGUGCCGCAAGUGGACGCGGAAGUUUCAGGGGCGGCUUUGGUAGCAGUGGUCCCGGAGGACGAGACACCUCGAAUCUUUAUGGUGAUUACCCUGGACAAGACGGGUCUCCGAACAGCCCACCUGGGUAUAAGGGAGCUCACCGAGGUGCUCUUGAGGGCCCUUCAUUGAGCAUCCAGCCAAGCCAGCAAAUAUUCGUGAAAAACCUUCCAUGGUCGACCUCGAAUGAUGACUUGGUGGAACUGUUUCAAACAACCGGAAAAGUGGAAAAUGCAGAAGUGUUAUUUGAGGGAGGUAGAUCCAAAGGGGUUGGUGUUGUGCAAUUUGAAACAGUUGAGGAAGCAGAAACGGCCAUUGCUAAAUUCCAAAAUUACCACUAUGGAGGACGACCAUUAUCCCUUGAGUUCAACGGCCGAUGGCGCGACUUUUCAUUUGAAAGGCCUGGCAACUGA